CAUACCUCUUGAACACCCCUCUCUUUCCGCCAACAUCAUUUCCGUCUUCCUCUCCGGCCUCCAUCUUGCUUCCCGCAUGUGUCUGCUGUUAGUUUGCAGAUGAAAGAAACAACUAUGAAUCAAGAAAAAUUAGCUAAACUGCAGGCGCAAGUCCGCAUUGGUGGAAAGGGUAGCGCCCGGCGAAAGAAGAAGGUGGUCCACAGGACAGCGACGGCGGACGACAAGAAGCUGCAGUUCUCUUUGAAGAAACUGGGCGUGAACAACAUCUCCGGCAUUGAGGAGGUGAACAUGUUCACCAACCAAGGCACAGUGGUCCACUUCAACAACCCCAAAGUUCAGGCAUCGCUGGCUGCCAACACCUUCACCAUCACAGGACACGCGGAGACAAAGCAGCUCACUGAGAUGCUGCCUGGAAUCCUCAACCAGCUGGGAGCAGACAGCCUGACCAGCCUGAGGAGGCUGGCUGAGGCCUUGCCCAAACAAGCCACAGAUGGAAAAGCGCCAAUUGCUGCAGUCGAAGAAGAAGACGACGAAGUUCCAGAUCUGGUGGAGAACUUUGACGAGGCGUCCAAGGAUGAGGCCAACUAACAAGACCAAGCCUGGAACUCUCUAGAGCUUCGCAGCUUGAGGCGGCCGUGUGGGAUCUGUUCAACCUUCCAGAAGACGACACGUCUAGUUAGGAUCCUUUUUUGCCUCUUUCUUUAGCGGACUCUCCCAAUGCUCAUCGUGGUCCAGCCCCAGCUGAACAAUUGUCAAAUGUUUUAAUGGCUCCACUUGACUCAACCCUCACGCUUCUGUGGCCUCAUCAAUACCAGCGUGUCUGGAAUUAAAGUGUAGCUACUGUCAAACAAC